AUCAUUUCCAAGGACAGAAAGCACAGGUAACACGGUUAUGAGGGAUCAUUAACAUUCACAACACACUUUCUACUCCCGAGCAGUUUUGUAACUACUACGUUGAAGAACGCACGUAGAUACGGUACAAGAUAAUAACGAUAAAUAUCGUAGUGAAUAAUGGAAAAGUGUUGGAAGUUAUUCUUGAUCACGCUUAUAGUAGUGUUAUCAAUGGUUAUCACAACAGAGUCUACUGUACCUCAACCACGAGCACCUAACUUCCAAUAUUUUGAAAGGCCAAAAUACCGAUACCCGUACUAUGAUGAGAAUGGCAAGGGAAAGCUAUUAUAUGGCUAUGGAGGACCGGAGCUGUAUCAAUAUAAAUCCUACACGCCUUUAGAAGGAAUUCACUAAAUCGAUUUAAGUUCUACUGCACCUUGUGAUCUAUGUAAAAUAUAUGAGUGGUGGCCUCUAUUGUUGUAGAUAGAUAAUGAAACUGGUUAUUAAAAUAAGGUCAUUUUUUCCUUGGAAGAAAACCAUCGUUUAUCAUGGCGUUAGCGAUGGAGGUCCUACGUUAGUCUGCCUAAAGGGAAGAAGGCUCCAAUGUAGUUAUUAAUUUUCCGCCAUGAGUUUUCCUUUUUUGUACAUUUGUUAAAAAUCUUUAAAAAAUAAAUAAUUAAAAA